ACGCCCAGGCCGCCCAGCCAAUAGGCGCGCGGUGGGCGGGGCUUGGUGCCCGGCUAGCGUAAGCGUUGUUUGUAGGAAGAAGAAGCCGAUUCUGGAAGCCAUUACGCUGCGCUGAUAAAGUGAGUGAAUCCCGCUGUUUUUGCGUACAUUACGCAGGUUUACCUCCGCCGGGAGGUCCUGCAGGUAUGGCCUCGGCCGCCAAGAAGAGGAAGAUGAAUUUCUCGGAGCGGGAGGUGGAGAUCAUCGUGGAGGAGAUAGAGAAGCACAAGCAGACCCUGGUGAGCCACUUCAACGCCGGAGUCACGCACAUGGCCAAGAACAACGCCUGGAUGGACAUCCUGAAGAAGGUGAACGCCGUCACCACCUGCCCCAGGGAGCUGCCCGAGGUCAAGAAGAAGUGGUCCGACAUGAAGACCGAGGUCCGCCGCAAGGUGGCCCAGGCCCGGGCCGCCAUCGAGGGCACGGCCACGGACUGCGCCCCCGUCCCGGUCAUCCUCACCGCCAUGCAGCAGCGCAUCUGCAACCUGCUGGGAGAGGCCACCAUCAUCAGCCUACCUGCCGGGGACCCGGAGGCGGAGCUCACCUUGCCGGUGACGGUGAGCGCCGCCGCCGCCGUCAGCCUGACCGAAGCUCUUCCAGGUGCCACUGAGGCGAUCUGUGAGGAAACCAAACCUCUGAACAGUGAAACCACCUACCACACCCUGGAGGAUGGCAGCAUGGUGGAGUACUGCACCACCACGGUGAGCGACGCCACUCCCACCGUGGUGGCCGCCGUCGAGGCGCCGGUGGAGAUGCUGGCCUCGGCCCUGGCCUCCCCCCCGCCUCCGCCUCCGCCGCCGCUGCAGGCCAAACCCCAGGAGCUGAAGAGCCGCAUCGCCCUGAACUCGGCCCGCCUGCUGCAGGAGCAGCGGGUCACCAACGUGCACAUCCGACAGAUCGCCCAGCACCUGGAGGGCCAGAACGAGCUGCUGCAGAUGAUGCGGCGCUGCCAGGAGGCCCAGGCGCUGGCUCAGGAGCGCCAGGCCCAGGCGCUGGAAGGGACUCAGGCCGCUCUGCUGGCGCUGGUCCAGAUGAUGCGCCCGGCGCUCAAAGACCUGAGGAAGUUCCUGCAGAGCGGCACGGAGGCGGCGGCGAGCAGCAGCUCAGCAACAGGAGCGCCAGCAGCGUCUGGAGCGCCGCCUGACGCUGCAGCAGCAGAGGAAGAGCAGAGCAGAUGUAAAAGUCCUCCUGCAGCGCCGCAGCAAACCGUGGAGGAGACGAACUCAUGAGGAGACGAACUCAUGAGGAGACACAUUAAUGAGGAGACGUCUUAAUGAGGAGACGCAUUAAUGAGGGACCGUCUGUAGGAACGGGACAAAUCACCGCCUCCAUCUCAGUCUGAAGGUGGCGCUGUCGGUCUGGUUUUACAGACUCUGGAUCUGUUGGAGACUGCAAACUGCUGCGAGCUGCAGUUCUGCAGAUACACCAGAAGGGGGCGCUGUGUCUGAACAAAUCCACUGGUUAUGGACUGAAGUGACGUUUAAAUCGGUUCUUCCCAAAGUUUGGCUCAUUAAACACAAACUGGUUACAGUGUGUUUGAAUAUAAAAUGAUUUUAUAAUAAAAGAUGAUCUUACAGCUUUGA